UACUACUAGCUUCUUCCCCUCUUCAACUAAAUUUGACUUCUAGUUCGUGCAUGCACGAACGGAUUCUCCUCUUUCCUCUUCUCCGAUCUCCCUCUCUCUCUCUCUCUGGAUAUAUAUAUCUCGCAACAACGUAACUAAUACUCACGAGAAGUCAAGAACACGAAUCUAUCCUUGCUACCCGAAAAUGAGGUCAUCUCCUCUCCACAUCCUCUUCCUCCUCCUUCUCCUCCUCCCUUACUUGCUCACGGCCGCCCUUGCCGGUCCUCCGGAGGACGAUGAUGAAUAUCUGACCAAAAACUACUACUCACGGAGCUGCCCCAGGUUUGAGGAGACCGUCGGCUGCAAGAUUGACUACUGGCAUUCUCUUGACUCCUCCCUCAGUCCCAGCCUCAUCCACCUCCUCUUCUUCGAUUGCGCUGUCAGGGGAUGCGAUGCGUCGAUCUUGUUGAACAACACCGGCGGCGAAAGGAGAUCUCCGGCGGCGGCGUCUCUGAGAGGUUUCCGCGUGAUCGACGACAUCAAGGCGGAGCUGGAGAAGACGUGCCCCGAGACGGUGUCCUGCGCCGACAUCCUCGUGGCCGCCGCCCGGGAAGCCACUCUGAAGGCCGGCGGGCCGUACUGGGACAACGUAUACGGCAGGAAGGACGGGCGGGUCUCCCUAGCCAAGGAGGCGGAGGCCGUCCCCACCGGCCGCGAAAGCAUCACCGAACUGAUCGACUUCUUCGACUCGCUGGGGCUCGACAUCCUCGACCUCGUCGUCCUCUCAGGCGCGCACACCAUCGGGAAAGCGACGUGCGGCGCGAUCCAGCACCGGCUGUACAACUACGGCGGCGUGGCCGGGGAGUCGGACCCGUCGAUCGACCCGCGCUACCUGAACUACCUGAAGAGGAAGUGCCGGCAGGCGUCGACGGAGGUGGAUUUUGACCCCACGACGCCGACCGAGUUCGACAACGAGUACUACCGGAACCUGAAGCGACACAUGGGGCUGCUGGGCACGGACCAGCUGCUGGCCUCCGACUCGCGCACGGAGCCCAUCGUGGAAGCGCUGGCGUCGCAGGAAGGAGUGUUCAAGCACCAGUUCGCCAAGUCGAUGAAGAACCUGGCGGAGGCGCUGGUGCUGGAGGGCAACGACGAGGGGGAGGUCAGGAUCAACUGCAACUUUGUGAACGAGAAGAAGAAGUGAUCGAUCGUCGUCGAUCGACGUGUUGACGGAGUUUGUAUUUUGGUGGUGUUUCGAGACAUCGUGAAUGUAAUUUGGCUUCUUCGUUGAGUACCGAUCAAUUCAGUUUGUGACAUUCCAGA